AUGGGGAACGGAUUAGUGAAGCCCAAGCACCUGAGGCAGCCCAAUAGGCAUGUGGCAAACCUGGCUAUUGGCUGUGCUGCCAGCCACAAGUUUCUCAUGGACCCAUGCCUGGGCAUCAAUGUGAUCAAUGGGCCAGCUGAUGUCCUCUGCAGCAAGGUACUGGAACUGGAGAAGGAGCUGAAGAGAAAAGAUCAGCAGCUGCAAGAGAGUCGUAGCCACGUUGCUGAGCUUCAGGAACAGCUGGCCAUGCAGACUAAGGUCAUAGCAGAACUCACUAAGGAGCUCCAGAGCAAGUGCAUUCAGCUGAACAAGCUGCAGGAUGUAGUUAGCACUCAAGGAGAGCACUCUCUUCAGCCUUCUCCAUUUAAAGUCUCUGCUGACAGGAGGAGAGGAGCCAAGGAAGGUGUAUCUGCAGAGCCAACAACAGGACUGUGUGAUUUGAGCAGGCAAACUGUGUUUUCCCUUGAAAAGGCAACAGUCCGAAAGGAUUCCAGUGAGAAGAAGCUCAUCACAGAUGCCCUGAACAAAAACCAGUUCCUGAAGAGACUGGAGCCUCACCAGACACGAGACAUGGUGGAAUGCAUGUACGAGAGGACGUUCCAGCAGGGGAGCUACGUCAUCAGGCAGGGAGAGCCGGGAAAUCACAUCUUCGUGCUCAAAGAGGGCAGUCUGGAAGUCUUUCAGCAGAAUAAACUCCUCUCCUCAAUACCUGUGUGGACAGCAUUUGGAGAACUGGCCAUUUUAUACAACUGCACACGGACAGCUUCUGUGAAAGCAAUCACUAAUGUUAAAACAUGGGCACUGGACAGAGAAGUGUUUCAAAAUAUCAUGAGAGUGACAGCACAAACCAGACAAGAGCAAUACAGAAACUUCCUUAGAAGUGUGUCCCUGCUGAAAAACUUACCUGAAGAUAAAUUAACCAAGAUCAUGGACUGCCUGGAAGUGGAGUACUAUGACAAGGGAGAUUAUGUUAUUCGGGAAGGAGAAGAAGGAAACACCUUCUUUAUAAUAGCAAAAGGAAAGGUGAUAGUUACCCAGAGUACCACAGACCACUCGCAGCCUCAGGUGAUUAAAAAUCUAUACAAAGGAGAUUACUUUGGAGAAAAGGCUCUCAUUAGUGACGACGUCAGAUCAGCAAACGUCAUUGCAGAUGAGUACAACGUGGAGUGCCUCGUUAUAGACAGAGAGACAUUUAAUCAAACAGUUGGAACUUAUGAGGAGCUGCAAACUUACCUGGAAGGUUACGUGGCCAAUCUGACACAGGCUGAUGAGAAACGACACGCAAAAGGCAGAUCCUUCUGUGGACAGUUGACCAAAGAGGUGUCUUUGGAGAUGAUAGAGCUGAAGGAGAAAGUAGCCCAGUUCCCUCCUUCCCCAUUCCAGAAUUUAGAAGUUGUCACAACUCUGGGUGUUGGUGGGUUCGGAAGGGUUGAGCUUGUUAAAGUUAAAAAUGAGAACGUGGCUUUUGCUAUGAAAUGCAUAAAGAAGAAACACGUAGUGGAUACCAAACAGCAAGAGCACAUCUAUUCUGAGAAGAAAAUCCUUGAGCAGAUAUGUUCUCCAUUUGUUGUGAAGCUGUAUCGCACAUUCAAGGAUAACAAAUACGUGUACAUGCUCCUGGAGGCUUGCCUUGGAGGGGAACUGUGGAGCUUGCUGAGAGACAGAGGCAGCUUUGAUGAAUUCACCACCAAGUUUUGUGUUGGGUGUGUGACAGAGGCUUUUGACUAUCUGCAUCAAAUAGGAAUUAUCUACAGAGACCUGAAGCCAGAAAAUUUAAUUUUGGAUGCUGAAGGAUAUAUAAAAUUGGUUGAUUUUGGAUUUGCAAAGAAGAUUGGAUCAGGACAGAAAACCUGGACAUUCUGUGGAACCCCUGAAUAUGUUGCCCCUGAAGUCAUUUUGAGUAAAGGCCAUGACUUCAGCGUGGAUUUUUGGUCCCUUGGGAUUCUUGUGUAUGAACUCCUCACUGGCAGCCCACCAUUCUCUGGGGCUGAUCAGAUGAUGACAUACAAUUUGAUUCUCAAAGGCAUUGAAAAGCUGGAUUUUCCUAAAGCAAUAACAAGGCGACCUGAGGAUUUGAUCCGCAGGCUCUGCAGGCAAAACCCUACAGAAAGAUUAGGCAAUUUGAGGAAUGGAAUAAAUGACAUCAAGAAGCACAGGUGGUUGAGUGGUUUUAACUGGGAUAGUCUGAAAGUGAGGAAAUUGACAUCGCCUUUAAAAAGAGAGUUGUCUGGACCAACUGAUUACAGCUACUUUGACAGCUAUCCACCUGAAGUGGGGAGCCCUCCAGAUGAACUUUCAGGCUGGGACAAGGAUUUCUGAUCAUUUUUCUUCCUGGCACAUUUAUAGAGACCCAUAGGCAUCGGUUCUAUCUUGUUUCUUGCUUAAAAUGAAGUUACACAAAUUACACAGCACUCCUCGAAGAAUAGAAGACAGUACAGAACCAGAACUUGUUUGGAUAAUCCACCAA